CCGGUAAUAAAAAACUAAUUUAGCCUAAACAGGUAGUAGCUGAAACAUAUAUAUGACAAUGGAUACAUGAGUAAAUUAAAGAUAGAAGCCAGUUAAGAUCUGACUCCUUUUGUUCUCUUGUUUGUUGUUUUUUUUUUGUCUCCUGUCUGUCCGUUUUGUGUUUGUUUUGUGGAUGUUGUAAUAUCAUCUUUAUUGGUUUAUAGUUUUUGUUGUUGUUGUUUUUAACCAUUAAAUGUUUGUGGUUUUGCAAACGUCUCAUGUGACAUUUUCAUAACACAUUGCUGCACAGAAGCUGCUCCUGUCAGACACUUGGAGCUGCCAUGUGUGGGAUGAUGACUCACUAACACCGAGCGCUGAGGACUACAAAUAUUUUUGUGCUCGCACCCCCGCUACCAGGCUCUCCGAGACGCGCGCUCCCUGGCGUGCACCCUCACACAGCAGGCAUCAAAGAGAAGAAGCAGGCCGGAGUGAUGGCAGAACGCUGGACUUCCCUGGAUCCGCACUAACCAAUCUCCCCGCGCGCGCUGGUGUGGAUCUGGUCUCAUGGCCGCGCGCCCUGCACCGCCGCGCUUCUGAGGAGAUGGCAUACCGACGAAAAGCAUCCCUGCCCGCCUUGUCGACGCUGCUGUUCUGCAUCUUGGCGGGUCAGACCGCUGGAUCCCAUCGCAGCGGCUCGUCAUCAUCAUCAUCAUCAUCAUCCUCAUCUACAGCCUCUCCACAGGAGAGAGGCUGGAUCCGUGGAAGGACGGCCCCUAACACUCUCAGUCAUGCUUCCAAUUCUUCUGGGAGCGGGCCUGCAGCCCCCUCUGUCAACACCAGCUCAGACCGCGUCCUGUCUGCCGGGUUUGGCCUUCGGGGGCCGGAGGAGGGGGUGUCACCGGUCUGCGCCUACAGGGUGAUCGAGGGGGGCAUUUGGGGGCAGCUGUGCUUUCGGCGCACACAGUUCGGGUUCCAGUGCCGCAAAGGAGACUGCAGGAGCCGAGUGUCUGCGGGGGACUUGGCGGCCAACAUUCUCACCAACGGCAGCGUGCUGUUGCAGUGGACGGACGGGACGGGCGCCACCGCCGCCGCUGUUUUUGGGGAGCGGCGCAGGCGCAGAGGCUUCGAGCUCAGCUGCUGGUGGAACGGGAGCUACACCCAGUUCGAGUGCGCCGGCGUGCAGCUGGGGUCGGGCUGCAGGGACUUCCUGCUGACGGAGCUGCACGAGAACAUCCCCUACCGCAUCUGCGUGCGCGAGCGGGACAGCGCGGGGAGCCGGCGGGACUGCGUGGAGUUCACGCUGCCGCCAUCCGGGAUGCAGGACAUCGUCAUCGCCAUGACAACGGUGGGAGGAGCCAUAAACUUUUCCAAAAAGUACUGUGAUGUGAUUCUCCUUCGUCUGUGCGUCAAGCAGCAUUUAACAGCAAUACAAGCAGAUAUAAGGACUGGACACAGAAGGAAAAGGAAACGUGAUGUAUAUUCUCUCCUCUCUGGUUCUGCUUUUAGGUUUGAGUAACAGAGCUGUAGUCGCGUCAUCUUGUGAAGGGCAAUAGAACCCUAAAUACUGUGCCAAGCGUUUGGAGCUGCAGCCUAAUUGUCCUGUUGACUGCAAAUAAAGUUUUAGGUUCUUUUUAGUACUUUA